GCGACCUACAGAGCAAGCAAGUAGGCUAGCGCAAUCGCGCAGUGUUUACUAUCGACUCCACUGGCCACUACAUUUCUGAGGGCAACUGAAAGUUGAACUACUAGUGGGGCAGCGCCUUAUCUGUUGGGGUUUCAAAGUAGCCUACCGUCGCCUUAGUGGUUUUACAGACCAUUUUCAGCGUAGCAGCUAGCAAUGCGUGAAAUGAAAGGAUGUCAUUAGUGCAUUCAUGGUGUCAAAAGUUGGCUUGCUUCUGCGUUGAACAGUAACUAGUCAGCUAACUUACAAGGACUCGCUAGCUGGAAAAGUGGAGUGGACACCUGUGAAACCGUACUGGCUUGCUAGCUGUCAGACUAUCUGGCAAGAGUUGCACGGCAAGUUUGUCUUUUUCGUCACUUUCUGUUGUUUUUAGAGACCUACUAUUAAGGCGUAACAUUACGUCUAACAUUAUAUUAGUAUUUCCUAUCAGCUGUAGAACGUACCACGUUAAUACAGAGGACAUCUGAGGAUAAAACGGUGUUUUGUCAGUCUAACGCUAGCUGUAUGAGUUUGCAUGGAAUGUAACCAACAUUAGCUAACAUUAACGUUAGCGGUCAGCCACUGGCUAUCUUAAACUUUAUUUGACAAUUCGUUAACUAAAAUGCUAGAAACGUUACAUGGGCAGCUUGUUAAUAUCCCAAUCGGUCAGACAGAUUCUAUCAAUUAAGUCAUGCUCCUGACUUUACAUAUGUAACGUUAAAGUAGUUUAAGUUAACACCAUCUGAUGUGUCGUGGGUCGAUAUAGGCAACCAAAUUAACGUUACAUUGACAAAUCUUAUAAGAUACUUUAAUAUUAACAUUAAGAUACUUUGGUCAGUUAACAUUAAGUUAGUAGAAUCCAGUACGUCACCCUAGUUUGUAUUAUUAGCCAAUAUCUGGUGCUAGAAUAUAGUCAGCGAAACCUUUCCAUUGUUUUAGACAGAUUGCGUCCACAGACAGCAUGGUGUUGUUGUUGUAAGGCACGUGCUAUGGAAAGCGCUUGGGAAGAACACCUCAUUCAUAAUGUGAAUUAAGUACAGGGUUGCACCUUCAGUGGCCGGUAAGGUCAGGAUUGAGCCUGGGCUAGCCGUUUUGUCCGCUUAACAGACGCGAUUUAAGUUGUUCGGAAACCAGCGUUUGGGAGAUUUCAGUAGGUAAAAUGAGUUUCAGUUUCAGGAAAAUAACAGGCUUUGGUCGUCCAGUUGUGACGUUGCUUGGUAGAGGGUCAUGCUGUGGCAAAAAAGCGUGGCUAACUGGCAUAAGGAAGGUUACAACGGCAGCUGAUACUGGCUUUAUGCCAUCUAGAGUUGCGGUAGUCACAAAGACUACAAGAUAUGAAUUUGAGCAGCAAAGAUACCGAUAUGCAGGACUAUCUGAGGAGGAUCUGAAACAGCUGCUCGCACUAAAAGGAUCCAGCUACAGUGGACUUUUGGAAAGGCACAACAUCCAUACAAACAACGUCGGACACAUUGUGGAAAAUUUGCAAAAAGAGGGGAUUGAGGUGCGCGUGGCCAAGCGGGGAGAGUAUGAUGAAACCAUUGUCCAGUGGGCUGAUGCCAUCAUAUCGGCUGGAGGUGAUGGAACAAUGCUAUUGGUAGCCAGUAAGGUUUGUGACGAGAGCAAACCUGUUCUCGGUGUGAACACAGAUCCAGAAAGGUCAGAGGGCCACCUGUGCUUGCCAGUGCGUUACACUCAUGCAUUCUCUGAGGCAUUGCAGAAACUACGAAGAGGUGACUUCAGGUGGCAGUGGCGCCAGCGGAUACGUCUGCAUCUGGAGGGCAGUGGCAUCAACCCCACGCCAGUGGACCUGCAUGAGGAGCAGCUUAGCCUGGAGCAACACAGCCAAGCGCACCGCAACAUCACCCAGACAGACAGCCGUAUUCACGACGGCAGUUCGGGUCCCCGUCUACUUCCGGUCCGUGGCCUGAAUGAGGUCUUCAUUGGGGAGUCUCUGUCCAGCAGGGGGGAGUGUUUACCCUUCAAACCCCAUCUCACCCUCUCGCUCCAUAGGGCCUCCUACUACGAGAUCUCCAUCGACAACGGGCCAUGGGAGAAACAGAAGAGCUCAGGGCUCAGUAUCUGCACUGGAACUGGAUCCAAAGCCUGGUCUUAUAACAUCAACAAAUUGGCAGAGCAGGCUGUGGAGGAUGUCCUCAAAAUAGGUAAAGCUAAAACUGGCCUGGACAUUCCCCUGUAUGACAAUUUCAUUAGAGAUGUCACGGAGGAAUAUAACAAGCAGCUGGUCUUCAAUCCGGAGGACAGCAAGUUGUUCUUCAGCAUCAGGGAACCCAUCGUCAACAGAGUUUUCUCCAACAGCCGUCAGAGAGGCUUCGCCAGCAGGGUGUGUGUGCGUUCGCGAUGCUGGGACGCCUGCAUGGUGGUAGACGGAGGGACGUCAUUCGAAUUCAACGAUGGCGCCAUAGCAACCAUCAGCAUGAAUGAGGCAGACCAGCUGCGGACAGUAGUCCUCGCCGACUGAGCUUGUACGGAGUCGUCCUCACCGACUGAGCUUGUGCGGAGUGCCUGAACACCAGAAAUGUGAUUAACAGCUGUUCCCCCAGGGGGUGAUAAGAGUAUCUAUGGCCAGGAAAAUGGUCCCGUUCUCACAUGCUGUUGAUAGGGAGUCUGGCAAUAGUUGAGGUCUCCCCACCACCUGUUUUUAUAUAAUAGCGAAUGGAUGAUCGGUUUUGACUCAUUUUGUGUGCUGGGAUAUGAGGAUUUUAUUUUACUUUUUAUCAUGUUGAGGUGUAUUGCCAUUGUCCUCGGGACUUUAAGGACUGUUACAAGCAGGGUAUCCAGGUGUUGGGCCCAGAGUUUUUGCCUUCCGCCCAGUGUUGAUAUGCUAUCGUAGUCUGAACACAAUUCAACAUGCUUCUUGAUUUCCUUUUGUUGGCUCUUUUCCCAGCGAAGUGCUUCAGUUACUCAGGCACCCUCUCCAAAGUGGUCGUCACAUUUGUGUUCACCUUUGGGUGCCAAAAGGCCAUAUAAUCCUGUUAGAAACAUGUUGUAAUACUGAAACCAGUUCAAUUUGCUUGAAGACGAUUGCCAAAUGUUACUUGUGUAGAAACUGCAGUUUGAAAUAUGAAUUGUAUUGCUUUGGCUAGACAUAGAUGUAUUGAAUGAUUUUUCUUUUUCACGUGUGCCAACGGUGUACAAAUGCAGUUUUCCGUGGUUAGUUGUGACCGUGGAAUCAAACCCUGAUUUGUUGCCCAGAGCUUCAUCACCAAUACGUGCUAAUGAAUUUUAAAAACAAUGCACACAUACACAUUGUCAACGCCUUCAGCCCUUACCUCUUCCCUGAUCCCUGGGUCCUAUUUUGGACGGUCAUGUAUAUUCUAUACAUGAUGCAAAACAAACACUUUGUAUACAGAGAUUAUGUUGUAUAUUAAAAGGGAUGAAGUAUA